UGAUUGUUUAGGUGUAGAGAAGUCAAAAUUAUAUGAGUUUUAAAUUCGGAUUACAAAGAUUUUCUUGAAUAACUUCAAUACCGCAAGAAAUAAUACAAUUUUCGCUUGCUAAGCAGAAAAUGGUACGUAACAGUACUGGUCCGGUACAUAUACAAGCAUCGAAAAUAGCAAGAUUUAAUCCAAUGGCAAAAUCAGCAGCAGAACACGACCGAGAGCCUUCCAAUUCAAGUGAGCGGAAAAAAAAUUCAAUAUCUGAACUAAUUACAGAGUACAGUAUUUAUUUAUUUAAUCUAACAAAUGAUGUAACUGAAAAUGAUUUAUGGCGUUUAUUUGGACCAUUUGGAGCUAUUAAAAAUGUUACAAUAGUGAGAGAUUCAAAAACUAAUCAAAGUAAAGGAUUUGGUUUUGUUACAAUGAAAAACUUAGAAGAAGCCACAAAUGCAAUCGAUAUUCUAAAUGGUUUUGCAUUAAAAGGAAGACCGAUUAAAGUUAGCUUUAAAGGAUCCAGGGUUAGGUCUGAUGAUGAAGAAAACGUAAUGGGUGAACCAGGUGCUUAUCAAAUAUAUGUUUUUAAUUUAUCUUCAAGUACUAUCGAAGACUCAAUUUGGAAACUUUUUGCUCAAUUUGGAGCAGUAAAAAAUGUUAGUAUUGUUUGUGAUCCGAAGACGAAUAAAUUCAAAGGUUUCGCAUUUGUAACAAUGAAAAAGUUUGAAGAAGCAGAAAAAGCAAUAAAAACCUUAAAUGGAUUUAAAUUAGAUGGACGUAACCUUAUGGUUAGUUUCAAAGGGCAACGUCCAGAUGAUCCAGAGAAUGGUGUAAAAGAUUAUACAUCUGAUCGCAUUCAAUCUAUCCCUAUUUAUAUAAAUUAUUUACCAGAAAAUGUUGAAGAUGGCGAAGUAUGGAAAUUAUUUUCUCAAUUUGGGGCUAUUAAAGAUAUAAGAAUUAUACGUGAUGGACAUACAAAGAAAUGUUCUGGUUAUGGAUUUGUUAAUAUGAAAAACUUAGACGAGGCAACGCUUGCAAUAAAUACAUUAAACGGUUUCGAAAUGAACGGAAAGCAUUUACAAGUAAAUUUAAAAGGGAAAAAAUAUUUAUAAAAGUAAAGAAUAGAAUUUCAGAAACAUAUUAGAUCAUGAAUUAGAUCAAUUCUUUGAAAUGUGAUUUAUGAAUUUAAAUCAAAUUAAUUUGCAGAAUAGAAUAAUUUUGAUGUUUUACAUUUUUAGUACUUAUAUGAUUUUUGAAAAAAAAGAACGAUUUAAUAAUAAUUAUCAAAUUUUUAUUGGUUUUGUGUACUUUAUUAUACUUUCAGAACAUCUAAUACAAAUAUAUUUCAAUAGUAGUUUUUUUAAUUGUAAAUCAUUUAUAUGAAUAAUAAUUUGCUCAUCUGCUUAUUUUUCCCGAAGAUCAAUUUCGAUUUAUAGUGUGAAAUUUUAAUUAAUUUCAGAAAUAAUUCAUUUAUGUAUUUAUGUACCAACCUAUAUU